CUUACGUCACGCCGCACCACCUCCCUCCUCCUCCCUUUGUGCGGUUUGACAAGCCCCUUCUCGACCAGGACAGGAACACACAGAGAUCAUGGCCGUACCUCCCACCUACAUUGACCUUGGAAAGUCUGCCCGGGAUGUUUUUACCAAAGGAUACGGCUUUGGGGUCAUCAAGCUGGACUUGAAAACAAAGUCUGAGAAUGGACUGGAGUUCACCAGCACGGGCUCUGCCAACACUGAGACCAGCAAGGUGGCCGGAUCCCUGGAGACCAAGUACAAGUGGGCGGAGCACGGACUGACCUUCACGGAGAAGUGGAACACCGACAACACCCUGGGGACCGAGAUCACCAUUGAAGACCAGUUGGCUAAGGGGCUGAAGCUGACGUUCGAUUCCUCCUUCUCACCAAACACCGGCAAGAAGAGCGGCAAGGUCAAGACGGGCUACAAGUGCGACCACAUCAACCUCGGCUGUGACGUCAAUUACGACAUCAACGGUACAGCCAUCCACGGCGCAGGCGUGGUGGGCUACGAGGGCUGGCUGGCCGGCUACCAGAUGACCUUCGAGGCCGGAAGGAACCGGAUCACCCAGAGCAACUUUGCAGUUGGAUUCAAGACGGACGAGUUUCAGCUCCAUACGAAUGUAAAUGAUGGCACCGAGUUUGGUGGCUCCAUCUACCAGAAGGUGAACGACCAGCUGGAGACGGCCGUCAACCUGGCCUGGACUGCCGGAAACAGCAACACCCGCUUUGGCAUCGCUGCCAAGUAUCAGAUUGAUCCUGACGCAUCCUUCUCUGCCAAGGUGAACAACUCCAGCCUGGUGGGCCUGGGCUACACUCAGACUCUGAAGCCAGGCAUCAAGCUGACACUCUCUGCUCUCCUCGAUGGCAAGAACAUCAACGCCGGCGGCCACAAGCUCGGCCUCGGCCUCGAGUUCCAGGCGUAGGAGGACGAGGCCACCGUCCUUCCAGUCCUCCCAGCACACACGCAUUCCCCACCUAAAAUUCCAAAUCCUUAAUUGAUUAGCUAGCCCUCAUGAACCCCCCCCCCC